AUUUACCUGAGAGCCAUGGACUGUUGGCAGAAAGUACAUCAGAGUGGGUGGAUUUUUCCAACUCUGAUCCUUUGUAUUUAUGGCUUCUUUACCAUGAUGAGGCCAUCUGAACCUUUCCUCACACCUUACCUUACUGGACCUGAAAAAAAUCUGACUAUUGAUGAGGUAACACAGCAUAUUUUUCCAGUUUGGACGUACUCCUACCUGGCCUUGCUCUUCCCUGUAUUUCUGAUUACAGACUAUGCACGCUAUAAACCUAUAAUUAUUCUACAGGGAAUUAGCUUAAUUGUUACUUGGGUGUUACUUUUGUUUGCAUCUGGCAUAUCAGCCAUGCAGCUGGCAGAGUUUAUGUAUGGACUUGCAACAGCCACAGAAGUUGCCUAUUAUGCUUAUAUAUACAGCGUUGUCAGUGCUGAUUAUUAUCAGAAAGUGACAGGUUAUUGCAGAAGUAUCACCCUGGUGGCAUCCACCAUGGGAUCUCUUCUUGGACAGCUUUUAGUUUCUUUAGGCCAGGUACCUUAUUUUUAUCUCAAUGUCAUAACUUUAGCUUCUGUGUCUAUGGCAUUUAUAUCUUCAUUUUUUCUGCCCAUGCCACAAAAAAGCAUGUUCUUCCAUAGAAAGUCUUCCCCAGAACUUUUCAUUGGAUCAGCAGAGAAAGUUACAGCACAAAUUUCCAACCAAACAACCAAUAAACAGGACAAAGAGAUGACAAUAUCAGUGGCCAGGCCCCAGGAUUUACCUGAAUGCGAGCCAUCCAAAAUUAAAAUCCAGAAUCACUUUCUGUCAAUCCUAAAGCAAUUGUGCAUGGAUCUGAAAGAAUGUUAUACCACUAAAAAACUUCUUUACUGGUCAAUGUGGUGGGCUUUAGCUACUGCAGGAUUUAACCAAAUUUUGAAUUAUGUGCAAGUACUGUGGGAUGAUAAAGCACCUUCUCAUAGUUCUGAAGUUUAUAAUGGAGCUGUUGAAGCCAUAGCUACAUUUCUGAGUUCAAUAGCAUCACUAGCUGUGGGAUAUGUGAAACUGAACUGGGAUCUAACCGGAGAACUGGCACUGGGAAUCUUCUCUGCCUUGGAUGCUACUUCACUUAUUGUGAUGCAUUUUAUCCAGAACAUCUGGGUCUGCUAUGCUAGUUAUUUAGUGUUCAAAGCCUGUUAUAUGCUCCUUAUAACCAUAGCCACAUUCCAGAUUGCUAUCAAUCUCAGCAUGGAGCGCUAUGCCUUGAUGUUUGGCUUCAACAAUUUUGUUGCACUGCUAAUUCAAACUAUACUGACUAUUAUUGUAGUUGAUUCAAAAGGUCUGGGCCUGGAUAUUGGGACUCAGUUCUUAAUAUAUGGAAGUUACUUUGCAGUUAUAGCUGGGAUUUUUCUAAGCAGAAGCAUUUAUAUCAUAAUCUCAACGAAAUGUAAAAAGGAAAACCCUGCUGAAAGUCUUCAAAUGAAAGCACAAUGGCAGAAUACAGAGAUUCAUAGCACAAGAAUGUAGCGCCUUAAACAAAAGUUUUGAAGCUAAAUUGAACAAUCAUUUAUUUGAACAAAUGACUCAGUGACUUUAAGUCACAUUUGCACAUAAAAUUAACUUGUAUAUUCUCAUGUGAUUUUAAAUUCUGUGGUUAUGACGUAACUGUAUUAAAAUAUCAGAAUUCUCAAUGUGUCCAACCUAAGAUGGUUACAUUUGAAAUGAGGAAAUGUUGGUUACAUAUAAUUGAUUGAGGGUCAUUUGUAAUUGCCAUUAAAUAGUUCUUUAUAAUACCAUUUAACUAAUGAAAAUUGAAAGUAUUUCCCUAGUUUUGGAGAUUCAAGCUGUUGCUAAUUAUUUCUGGCUUUAUUUUAAGUUCUUGGUAUAACUUUUAUAGUCCUCCAUUAUAAAACUAUAACUCCAUUAUUUUGGCUCAAGCUCUUCAGAUCUGUUAUUCAGUGAGAAUUGGAGAGCUAUAUUUCCCAUUUUUUAAUCCUGAAUGGAUGAAAACUUGACUGUCUGAAAUCUUGCCUCGUUACACACCUGACUGAGGCAAGGGAUUUUGAAGAUACCUUCAGCUGUGGAGGACAUUUUAUAGAGCAUGACUGUAUAGCU